AUGUCGAUAUUGAUCGCAUCUAUCGAGCCUUUCUGGCUCAAAAGACGUAUCGCUCGAGAUACAAAGGGUGCCGCCGAGAGCAUAUUCCGGUUACCUCUUCGAAGGUACCGAAAAUUGGUGGUUUUGAUGUUCCUCGCCUCGCGUAUUAGCUGUUGGGGUCCGGAAUAUGCACUCGGCGGCACCCUUUGGGUAAGCUAUGACGGACCACCUAUGGAGGCGGGACGCAGCUCUCACGCGAGUCCCGGGUACAAAGACAUCUUUGGCUACAACAUCUUUGGAUACGGAGCUAGUGACGUACGCCACGGCACGCUUGGAGAUCCAGGGCAAGGCAAAAUCAUGCUCCUGAUAGAUUCUUGA